AGGUAAGUCCAAGUGCUAGCAUGGGUUCUAGAGAACUGAGGAAUUCAAUAUCACCGGCAGAACGAGAAAAAUAUCGUCCCCGAACGCCUCAGGAGCCUGAACUGAAAAAGCCGAAAAAGGAAGAAAAGGACAUGGGACACGUAAGUACCAAACACAGCGACGGUGAAAAAAGCGACCAAGACCUGGUAGUCGACGACGCGUCAGAAGACCCCGCCUCUCCGCCAAACGGCACCGCCUCCCCGCGCGAGAACGGCCUUGAUGGAGGUGGAGGGGGCAAACUGCCGAAGAAGGAACAUCCCGGACCCGCCCACAGUCCCCGAUCAGGCACGUCGAGCAACGCCUCGACGCCGUCAGCGAAGAAACUGGACGGAGAGAAACCGAGCACGCCCAUUUCGAAACCGGUCACGCCCACUUCAGGGGCGAGUGGCGCGAGUGGACCGCCUCCCGGGGGGUUGAAACCUGUCGUCAAGCCACCCGCGUUGGGGCAGUAUCCGCCUUAUCUGGCUAUGUCUAAUGGUGCUGGACCACAUGAUUUGCAAGCCGCCGCAGCAGCUGGCAACUAUGGAGGACUACACAACAACCUUCCACCAGCGCUAAACAAUUACCCUAGGCCUCCAUUGCAAGUUGGAUAUGAUCCACAUUCGCAAAUGAGGGCUCCCGUAGUACCUGGUUUGGGAGGCAUUCCUGGAGGAAAACCAGCCUACUCAUUCCACGUGAGUGCCGACGGGCAAAUGCAACCGGUACCAUUUCCACCAGACGCGUUGGUCGGUCCAGGAAUCCCGAGGCAUGCCAGGCAGAUAAACACUCUCAGUCAUGGUGAAGUGGUGUGCGCGGUGACGAUUUCCAACCCGACGAAAUAUGUUUAUACGGGCGGCAAAGGCUGUGUGAAAGUGUGGGACAUCAGUCAACCGGGCAGCAAGAGUCCUGUGUCACAGUUAGAUUGUUUGCAACGUGAUAAUUACAUCCGUUCUGUGAAACUACUGCCGGACGGUAGAACGUUAAUAGUAGGCGGCGAAGCGAGCAACCUGUCAAUCUGGGAUCUGGCGAGUCCAACACCCAGGAUCAAAGCCGAAUUGACGUCGAGUGCACCAGCCUGUUAUGCGUUAGCCAUCAGUCCUGAUUCAAAGGUGUGCUUCAGCUGUUGUUCAGACGGAAACAUAGCAGUAUGGGAUCUACACAAUCAGACGCUAGUGAGGCAAUUCCAAGGACAUACAGAUGGUGCAUCGUGUAUUGACAUUUCAUCGGAAGGAACAAAACUUUGGACAGGUGGCUUAGACAACACAGUCCGUAGCUGGGACCUUCGCGAAGGCCGACAGCUCCAACAGCACGACUUCAGCUCCCAGAUCUUCUCUCUGGGGUACUGCCCAAUGGGCGAGUGGCUAGCCGUAGGCAUGGAGAACUCGAACGUAGAAGUACUACACGCCAACAAGCCUGACAAGUACCAGUUGCACCUACACGAAAGCUGCGUGCUCAGUUUGAGGUUCGCAGCGUGCGGAAAAUGGUUCGUUUCAACGGGCAAGGAUAAUUUGCUGAAUGCGUGGAGGACCCCUUAUGGUGCCAGCAUAUUCCAGUCUAAAGAGUCUUCGAGCGUGCUCAGCUGUGACAUCUCAGCAGACGACAAGUACAUUGUAACAGGAUCAGGAGACAAGAAAGCUACUGUCUAUGAAGUGAUCUAUUAAGAAAUGUGACUCUGGCACUACAUGUAGUCGACGAGUAACCAAAUUGUGAUAAUUAUGUGUAAUAGACAUUCAUUUCUACAAAUAGGGUAAUUCCAAUGGAUAUGUAUAGCUUGUCGAAAUAUUCCAAAAAUGGCUCACAACGUGGAACAGUCAAAUGGAAUGUAUUCGUUAUUUCGAUCAUUGUGCAUAUUUGUAAGAUAUCCCAAAACAGAUAAAUAUCGUGUCAUUCCUACAUUUAAGGUGACGCGUCUCUUUUUUUAGAUUUUUUUCAGCUUCCUGUUUGCAGCAUUAUUCUAAAUCCUUAUCUGAUAAUUUCAUAGUGUGUAUAGAAACGACUACGAGAAAAAACAAUGUUUUCAUUUUUUUUAAAUGCAUUUUUGGUGCAUUUUAUUCUACAUUCUUUCUUCAAUCGGAACUUGUUAACAAAUAUAAGUACAGCUUUGAAAUUGUGUGUGAAUGUUCCUCUUUUAUGGAAGAAUGAAACGAGUGAUUACUUUUGUUUUUAUCACUUUUCCUUUUCGAAUAAUCUUUGAUUUUCUUGAAGUCUCGUCUCAUAGCAAGUUGAGUAUUCUAGAAAAGCAAAGAUUUUUCUAAAAGGAAAAGUGAUAAAAACAAAAGUAAUCACUCGUUUCAUUCUUCCAUAAAAGAGGAAUAUUCACACACAAUCUUAGAGCUGUACUUAUAUUUGUUAGCAAGUUCCGAUUGCAGAAAAAAUGCACGAAAAAUGUAUUUUUUGAAAAAAAAAUUAGAACAUUGUUACACACCAUGAAAUUAUCAGAUAAGAAGGAUUUAGAAUAAUGCUGCAAACAGGAGGUUGACAAAAACUCUAAAAAAGGGUCGUGUCACCUUAACACUUUCGGUACUGUGCUACUGGGGUUGCAACUUUUGGAUAUUCAGUUGAAUAACUAUAUGCCCGACGUUGUUAAAUAUAGGAAUACCAAUUUUUACGGGGAAAUCUGAAAUCUAGCGUGGGCCUGUUCCGAGAUGUCUCAUCGAUAUGCACAAUAAUCUGAAGAAUAAACUUAUUUCAUUUGGUAUUUUAUGCUACAAAGAAAUUGAAGCCUGUUGAUCUGGGACAAAUCAUGAAUCAUUUCCACAAUGACGAACCUGACCGCGGAAUUGAUCGAUAUUUCACGGUGUUGCCACCUCGAAACUAACAGAUAUUGUUGCCAACCACACCGACUAAAAAAUUAACUUACAUUUAAGAUGAUCCGAAUUAUUCAUCGCUUUUGAAAAUUGCAGACUCCGUAAGACUUUACGGUAUCAUUUUUGUUGGAAACUGCUGCUAAUCAACUUUUCAACACAAGGACUUUCUUUUUGAAGUAUUUCGAUCAGAACGACCCUAUGUACAUAAAGACUUUGGCACAGAAUUAACUAUUAUACACGCUGAGAUUUUAGUGAUCUGAUGUGAAAUAUAUAAAUAUAGUUAUUUAGGAAGUGAUCUCCCAUGACAGUUUUUUUAUAAUUUCAAUUUGUAUAUAUUUAUGUAAUAUCUGACUAAUUCUAUUAUUGUUGGUAUAUACUUUAGAGGUCAACAAUGUUCAUUCAGUUUUUCUAACUGUAGAUAUCACUUUCAUAUCACUAACUGAUAACAGCACAUCUUCAGUGAGAUCGGAAAAAGUUAGGAAUGAAAUUCAUAGUAGAUGAAACUAUAUGCUUCAAAUUUUACUCUCACCAUUGAGAUAUCGGAGAUUGUAAGAGUUACGAGGCCAAUUGAAGGAGGCAAUAAAGCGCAUUUAUUUUACAAAGAAAAUGGUACAGAAACUUCCGCAAUUCCGAGUAUUUCCGGGGAUAAACGAAAGAAACUGUUUUUUUUUAUUUUUAUUGGCGCUGAUAUGGAAUUUCAGAAUGAAACGUCCUAAAGAGUAUUUCCUUUUUUCUUCUGGCAUAAUUAGAACUUUAUUUUUUCUUGUAUACUCCAUAUUGUAUUUUUGCACAGGUGAAUAGAAUUUUAAUUCUAAUUCAAAAAGUGUAUAAUACUUCAUACAUUGAUAUUGUCAAACCGACUUGUUUCGAAAAAACUAAUAUUGUGAUAGUUGGCUUUGAAGAUGAUCGAUGAGUUUGUUUUAUUCGAUUAAGUCAGCACCACCAGUCAUAUGAAAAAUAUGAAAUUUGUUUUGAAAGCUGCAACACGGUUUAGGCUUCUACUUACUCCCUAAUGUUAAUAAUUAUAAUGGUAAUAAAUAAGAUAGUACUGUAUCGAAUGUUUCCAAACUACCCUCAAAUAACUUUAAAAAGUUUUAGCAUUAGGUUGUUUGAUGAUUGGCUGAUGAUAUUAGGAAACAAUUGACUAUCAGAUAUCAAUUUCAAGGCCUACUUAGGAAAUUCUGUUUUUUGAAAUAACUAAGGUUUGACCAUGUGAAUGUAUGACUUAUUGUACAUUUUUGGAAUCGGGAUUAAAAGCUCUUUUUACUUAUGCCAGAAUUCAGCAUGCAGUCUAUAAGGAAAACAAGAGACGUCAUAUUGUAAAAGUUUUUUCAUUUUUGAAAUCCCAUCUCAAAUAAAGAAAAUAAUAAAACCGGUGUUGAGAAACUUCGGUUUCUUUCAUCUGAUUCCAAAGAUACUCUGAAUUGCGACUUCGGUGUACGAUUUUCUUGCUUACUUAAUCGAACUUUGCCCCCAACUUCGUAACCUUUACCAUUUCAGAGAUCCCAAUGGUGACGGUGAAUUAUGCUGAGGGUGUGAAAGUUAUCGGCUAGUAAACAGUUUUUUGUAUAAUACUGAAUCAUUUUGUUAUUUAAUAUUUAAAUCGAGAGAGCUCGAAAUGCGAAAAAAUAUGUAAACUGGCACACACAACAAAAUGUAUAUUGUCUAUAUAUUUGUAAUUUGUAAAGUAAUGCUAGUAUCGAUGAUAAAACUUAUUUAAAUAAACUAUCUAAAUGUUGCCUACACAAAUUUGCUCCAAUUUUGCAUGUGCAAAACAUCUGGUACCUUUGUGUAUUGAUCAAUGUUUUUUCGUUCGUUGGAUACAUAGAUAUACUUCAGUUGUUAUAGUUACAGUUCUUUGGCAAAAAUUUGAGUACUCCGAAAACAACAAUCCAGUCAGAUCACAUUCUAAACAAUAAUAUAGUUAUCAUUCAGAUCGUUACAGUAGGGAAUAUGCAUGUUUUUUUUGUACUUUCUGUCAAAUCUUCAAGUUAAUAUAAUACUGUAAACACAUUUAUUUCAUAGAAAUGUUUGUUUUAUUUUUUUAUUAAAUAUUUAAAAGUGCAAUGCCAAUGACGUUGAUUUAAACGCCUCAUAUUUCGCGCGUUUCGCGGUGACGUCACAAGUCAUGGUUUGUCAUUUUAUUCUGUUUGAUUAAUUUUUUGUCAAUUUUUUUACGCGCGCUUCGUAGUGACAUCAAAACUCAUGGUUUGUCAUUUCAUUCAUAAAGAUUUUUUAUCGAGAUCCCGUAGUGAAUGGAGCGGUAAUAGAUGGAAUUUCGCUCCUCUCGAUGUUUUUCAAUCUGAAAUAAAAAGACCGAUAGUUUUUUGUGCAAUGUACAAACAUAUAUAUCAAUAAAAUCAAACGUGACAAGCGCGGUUCCUAUAUCUACAAUGACAUUCUCGGUUGUCAUUUAAAAUCAGGUGAACCUGUUCCUCCAUUUAUGAUUCAAUAAUUUAACUGAAUUUUCGGCUCUGCGAAGACAAAUGUUCAAUUGAGAUGUCCGUUUUUCAAAUGACUUGGCUGUCACCUGCUGGUACCUCACCGACGUUAGGCGGUUAACCGUACCACGUGUUUUGCUUACAUUUGGAUGACGUCACAUCCGUCUUCCCCUCUUCCGUUUUUCGCGAAAAUUUGAGUAUCAGUUCCCCGUGAACUCGCGAAAAAAUCCUUUGUUUGGUUAAUUUGCUGUCAAGCUUUAAAAAUAAACAAGCAGUCUUUUGUUGUUUUUCCGACGUUGUCCUGGGGGCAUAAUUCUCGUGGCUGGCCCCUUGUAGUUAGAUAGCUCUGUGGCGGAUUCCGUGUCAACUGGUACUCUUUGGGACUGAUCAAACUGGUAGGUUGACAAUCAGUGACAGCGACAAAGGCUGCUCACUUGACGAUAUCGUGUCGAAGACUAGAGAUAGCAGUGAAUUUCAAGGGCUGCGCAUAGGGCAUCUCUUUCGUGUGUACACUGCGCAGAAAAUGAAUUUCAGGUUCUGCGCAUGUGGGAUCACUCUGUCGCUAUCAUCAUGUCUGUAAUCAACUGUAAUUUUGACAGUUUGGACAAGUUGCAAGCAGAAAUAUUGGACAUUACUAAUAAAACACGAAGUAGUAAUCCUGCGCAUGGCAAAGCGUGAGUGGAAUGCACAUAAAAAUUUCGGGAGGUUAUGUUGACAUUUUUCAUUGCGAAGAUGCCCUACGCCAUGUUCUACGCCUACGCCUACUAGAUUUCCUAGAGCUACACCAACCUUGGCUUAUAUUCCUUAUGGCCGUAUGGUCUGCCGUUCCUGCAAUUGUAGGACUCCUUUAUGGUCUCCUUGAUUUUCAUAGUCUUUACUCUCCUUCAAAAAGGCUGGGGUAUUUCUAGAUUUCUACUGCCCAGUGUCAGCGUCAGCGCUAUCCUAUUGUGAGGUUAUGUUUUCUUUUUGAAUCUUUUAAUUGAGGCUGAUGAAACAGAUGAUAAAAAUCAAGUUUUUUCAUUCUGAAAUAUUUUUAGAUUCAAAAAGAAAAUAUAACCUCAAAAUAGAGCGCUUACACGAAACAGUAGACAUCUAGAAAUACCUUUGCCUUCCUGAAGAACAGGAAAAACUAUGAAAAUCAAGGAGGCCAUAAAGGUGUCCUACCAUUGUAGAAACGACUAACGAUACGGGCCUUACGCAGUUUAACAUCCUAUCUCUAGUCUUCGUGCGUUACGCCAAUAGCGUUGCGUUUCGAUAUUUUAAAUUUGCCUCGUAUGGUUCCCAUUUUUUUAUUAAUUAAUACUUGUUAUUUUAUAUCGCGUAAGUAUAUAAUAAGGUUGAAGGUAUCUUUCUGUAACAAUAUAGACUGCGAAUCACAAUAAAUAUCUGAUAUAUGAAUCACAUGCAUAUUCCCUAUUGUCAACUCAUGGGGAGAGGACCACCUGAAGAUUAGAUAGUAGGUAGAACUAUGACUGCCGAAUCGGUUAAAGAAAUCAUUGGAUUUGCACGUCAUAAGCAACACCUUGGCAAGAUGUUUCAUUUAUUGAUGGUUUUGAUAUCGGCGUUUUAAAGUCAUAAUCAAUCCAACUACACUUAGGUCAUCGAAGUGCGUCAUUUACAGAAUUUACACGUCACUAAAUCGCUCGCUAUUAUCCUUUGGUACCGAAAAGGACGAAAGCAGCAAAAUACAUCGCUUCCUUUCCGGUACCAGAGUAUAGGUUACAUCAUACCCAUCAAAUGAUGACAGAACUAAGUGCUGUGAAUAUUAUGGUUUUCAGUGAUCGACUGGUUUAAUGAAAAAUACUGCUUAAAUUAAAUGAAAUUUGAAAGGCUUUCGCGGCCAUCAUCCAAUAUUAUUUGGUUGGUUUUUGGUUUGUUAGGCCACUCGUGUUGCAAAAACCAACCAAAUAAUACUGCUCAAAUUGGUUUAGUGCUGCUCAUAGAUUUUUCAAAAUAUUGUGCUGUAGCUAUAGUAACUUUAGUAGUAAUACAUACGACAAAAUUUUACGUUAUAAGUUUGUAGAUAUUUGGAUUGAGAUUGUUGUUUUUAUUUUCUGGGUUCUAUAAGAAAUUGAUGAUUCCUGUUACUCCAACAACCAACAUUUCUGGUAUGAAUGUGUAUUUUUUAUAUCAGUGAAUCUGAUUCAGUUGUGAGGUGAUACCAAUUUAACAGAUUUUACAGUUUAAGUGAUAGAUCUAUAUCAAUUCAAAUUCAUUAAAAAUUUACGAUAACGGUCAAGCUAGCUGAUGAAAUAGCAAGUAUGGAGGUAGAAAUCGAACUGCAUCUUGCAGUGAAUAUGGAUCACAUAGAUUCCAAUAGAUAUCUUAGGGAACUGCCCAAAAAGACGCUAUUGGAGUCAACUUUGAAGUAAAUACCAAUAAACAAUGUAGAAGUGGUAAAGAAUGUUUACACCAAUUCUUGAGUGGUAUAGGAAGUAUAAACGCUAGGCCUGAUAUUGAGCUCCACAAAAUGCCGUAUUUGCUGAUAUAAAAAAGGGUGAUGGUGCAGUCACAAUAGUUAUUCAUUUUUUACAAAUCGAGCCCUUUGGGACCUUUCAGAGUGCGUGCUACCAUGUAUAGAGAUAGAUAAAGUGAUUUGCACGAAUAUCAUUUGCGAAAAAAUUAAAUCAAGAAAUCGAUACAGGUCUCAUUCCGUAGUGUGUUCAAUGCUUCUGUUAGUAUUCAACCCUAGAAUAAUCUGCUAUUUUUACAAUAGACCAAUAACAGAUUCGUACCUCACACAAAACAGCAGUUUAACAAUAGCCGGAAAGAUGUAUUUUUAUCAUACAUUUGGAAAAUAAACUUAUGUUGCAUUUUA